UACGUCAACUCUCCCCCCCACCUACGUAAUCUUCUCCGCGUUUAGCCGGGGAUUCCGACUUUGACUUACCCAGUGGUUCAUACUCUCUCUCUCUCUCUCGCUCGCUGAGUUGAACCUGUGGCUUUGUGAGGGGAAGUCAAUCCAUCCGAGUCGCAGCUUCGAGAAUGGGUGUUUCGGUGAAGCAGAUGGCCCUGAUUGUGGCCACUUUGGGUGUACUGUCCUUCAUCUUUGGAGUGAUUGCUGAGAAUAAGAAGCCUGCAUCUGGAACUGUGAUUACUGUUAAAGAUGUGGUAAUUUGCAAGUAUCCAUCUGACCCUACUGUUGCUCUUGGGUAUCUGUCCUUUGCAUUCCUUGUGUUGUGCACUGUGGCGGGAUAUUGGUCUCUGUUUUACCCGUACAAGGGAAGGUCCAUCCCUCAAUCAGCUUUUUUCCACAAUACUAGCUUCGUUGUCUUCUUCAACAUUGCCUUGUUCAUAGGGGGAUUGGCAGCGGCGCUGCUGUUAUGGCCGACAAUUACUGAGCAAUUGCACCAGGCGCACAAUGUUCACAAGAACCUCAGCUACCAAUGCCCCACGGCCAAGACUGGUCUACUUGGUGGUGGAGCAUUUCUGUCCCUCGACUCAGCUCUCUUCUGGCUGGUUGCCCUUAUGCUAGCGGACAAUACCCGUGAGGAUUUCUUUGACGAGUUUGAUGGGCCCCGUAAGGAUGGCGAUCCAGGUCAGGUUCUCACAAACGAGUAUGAGGCGGAUGUGCAUAUGAAGGGGGUUGCCUAGUAAGUGUGGUCGGUUGGAAGGAUUUGGCAAACACAAAAACUGUCUUUCAUAUAAAGCAGCUUUCGGCCUCUAGCGACGCUGUAAAUGUCAUUGCUACUUAAGUUAUUGUCAUCGAUCUUGGAACCGUCUUCCUAUUGUUUAAAGUGCUACGGGUUUAAUGGU